UAACACUUGUAGUAACAACAGUUAUUAGCCCCCUUCUCUACUGUGGCGUUCAAAUAAUCAAAACGCUAAGAAAUCUCUAGAAAGGAGCAGAGAAGAAACUUGGAAGGCGACGAGGUUCGUAUCUGCAGACGAACGGAGAUGGUUUCUUCAACCCUAAAUCUGUAGAGCAUGUAUCCUCAAGGUGGUCCUUGGCACUGAGCUCGUGGUUGGAGUUUUUAACGUAUUUGUGUUGUAAGGGGUUAGUGAUCACAGUGAGACCAUUGAUCAUUCAAAUACUAAGGGUGGAGAGAUGAACAAGAAUCAAACAGCUGCUGGGUUAGACUCUGAAGACGACUCUGAUGAUUAUGACGUUGCGGAAGCAAACUGUGAGCUAGCUAUGGUUAAAGGCCAGCUCUGUAGCAUACCGUACGAGCUCUUCGAUCUACCGGAUCUAACGGGAAUAUUGUCUGUUGAGACAUGGAACUCAUUUCUCACUGAAGAAGAAAGAUUCUUCCUCUCAUGUUUUCUGCCAGAUAUGGAUCAAGAAACCUUCUGUCUGACGAUGCGGGAACUUCUUGCUGGUGCCAGUUUAUAUUUUGGGAAUCCAAUGGAUACGUUUUACAUGAAAUUGAGAGGAGGAUUGUUUACACCGAAGGCAGCUUGUUGCAAAGAAGGCAUUAUGUUCGUCAAGAGGAGAAUGUACUACUACUCUUUAAAGUUCUAUCAUGAAAAAAUGAUCAGGAGAUUCACCGAGAUGCAGAGGUUGUGGGAUCAAUAUGGAGAGGAAUUGGGUAAAAAAGCAAGACUCCUCCUUUGGUCUGAACGAGCACAAACCGGGAAUCUCAAACACAGUAUGGAAAGAAGGAAAAGUGUAACCUCCCAUCGCAGUGGCGGCUCCAAGGACACUCUCAGGAUAAAGAUAAGCAAGAAAGGGAUAUUCCGGUACCAUGGUUCCAGCUUAGUUUCCUCUGGACAUCAGCAUCAGACUUUGCCAAAGGGUCUUCUCAAAAUAGUCCCUAAAUCUUCUCCUGCUAUUCUCGGGGAACCCUAUGUAUCUCCAGAAAAUGAUCUCCUGCAAACCCAUGAAAGUGGUUCAAAGAGUACUAGAUUUAGGAGGAAACCAUACGGAACUAUUGCAUGUUCAAUCACAGAACUCCCGAGAUGCUUACUGAAUCACCAAGGCACUUCCUCUACCUAUUUGGAAACUACAAGAAGAAGCUCAAUCGAGGAGACAGAACCAGUGCUGCAUGAUCCAACACGCACCAUCCCUUUUGGUGCUUCAACUUACUCCAUCACAGAACAUAGUCUGCCUACAAUGCAAGAAGAAUAUGUCCACUACCACCUGAAAUCUCCCGGCUCUGAAACAAUGGAGACAAAUAAGGCUUUGUAUGGUAAGAACUUUCAGAGGGAAGCCAAUGUGGUGAGGAAACCGCUGCAUGCUCGAGAAAGUGAUGAUGAUCAUUUGUUUUCAUUGACCUACAAGCGAAGAAAGGUUCAGGGAAUCGGCGUUGCUUGAGCCUGCUUACUCCAGUGUUCCACGUACUGUUUUGUAAUCAAUUGUGGAAGAUUCAUGAAAAUAUGAACUGUGUAAAUGCUAAACUGGAAAAAUGGAUUUGGUUUGUGGUUAAAUAUGUUUGUUUUAAAAGUUGUACGGCAGUAAAAGAAAUCAUUGAAGAAAUAGAGGAGUAAAGUGAAAUAAUGGACAAGUAAAAGUAUUAAACAGAGUGAGUUCCGAUAAGGUCACAUGAUUUUGUUUGCUUUUCUCUCCAGAAACGCUUGAGAAGAGCUUCUUCUCAUAAACCUCACAACCACAAAAUUUCACACAACGGAUUUAGUGAUGGGGUCCCUUGUUCGUGAAUGGGUCGGGUUUCAGCAAUUUCCAGCGGCUACCCAGGAAAAGUUAGGUGAAUUCUUCGGAAAAUUGAAGCAAAAGGACAUGAACUCUAUGACAGUUCUUGUUAUGGGUAAAGGCGGUGUCGGAAAAUCAUCCACCGUCAAUUCUCUUAUCGGCGAACAAGUCGUCCGUGUCAGUCCUUUCCAGGCCGAAGGUUUGAGGCCAGUGAUGGUUUCAAGAACAAUGGGAGGAUUCACUAUUAAUAUUAUUGACACCCCUGGGCUUGUGGAAGCUGGAUAUGUCAAUUACCAAGCUCUCGAGUUAAUCAAAGGGUUUCUUGUGAACAGAACCAUAGAUGUCUUGCUGUAUGUUGAUCGUUUGGAUGUGUAUAGAGUGGAUGAGCUAGACAGGCAAGUUGUUCAAGCAAUCACCCAAACCUUUGGAAAAGAGAUAUGGUGCAAAACCGUGCUUGUUCUGACUCAUGCUCAAUUCUCCCCACCCGAUGAGCUUUCCUAUGAAGCUUUUUCCUCCAAGAGAUCAGAUUCUCUCCUCAAAACUAUCCGUGUUGGUGCUAAGAUGCGAAAACAACAGUUUGAGGAUUCUGCAAUUGGGGUUGUGUAUGCGGAGAACAGUGGAAGAUGCAGCAAGAAUGAAAAAGAAGAAAAGGCUCUACCGAAUGGUGAAGCGUGGAUCCCGAACUUGGUUAAGGCGAUAACCGAUGUAGCAACAAACCAGAGGAAAGCGAUUCAUGUAGACAAGAAGAUGGUAGAUGGAUCUAACUCUGAUGAUAGAGGAAAGAAACUCAUCCCUCUUAUCAUCGGCGCUCAGUUUUUCAUCCUUAAGAUGAUUCAAGGAGCAAUCAGAAAUGACAUCAAGAUAAGUGGAAAGCCAGUUUAAGAGCUCUGAAGAACAGGUUUUGUUGUGAUCCAGCUAGAAGGUGAAGAGUUUUUUCUUUUUAUCGAUUUUAUUUGCAGCAUUUUCUUGUUUCCGGCUUUAUCUUGUCUGUAAUUUACAGAGAUUUGUUCCAAGAAAAAAAUUGCGUAUUUCUGGUUUAAUGACAUUGUUGCUCCUCCAAGAUCUGAUUCCCAUACAAUAAAAUAAAAUAACUAAUUAAAACGUUCGUGCACGAGUAAGGAUAAGCAAACGAAAUCUCUACUUUAAUUGAUUGCCAAGGGAGAAGUAAUGUUUAAUUAUCACUUCAUCAUUACAGUUUACACACACACAAACAAAAAAAAACUCCUCUUUAAGCAAUUACACAUUUACUCAUUUACAAUUACACAUUUACUUCCUCUUCACUCUUGAGUUUGCCUUCUCUUUUGCUUUAAUAUGUCAAGUGUUUGUUGUCUUCCUACUCUGUCUCCGACUAAGCAAACAGCAUACUUGUGUGAUUACAUAAACACAGAUCAACAUGAGAACAGAGCCAAACACAAAAACCCGAAACAAGACCGGCUCUUCAACAGGAGACAUAACCGCCAAGUACACACAAUCCCGUAUAAGAAUAGUCCAUGCCAAGCAUUCCACUACAUUUUUAAUCACCAUAACCUUUUUCCUCUUCGCUUCUUCUCUGCAUAGCUUGCAUAUAAUCCUCAAACACAGAACAGCAACCACCAAAAACGUAGUACUUGACCAUCCUCUGUAAGCAACAAUCUUGCCUCCCACCGUUAAUGGCUCUUUCCUGCAGAUGCAAGACUUGCAGACUCCGGAGAAGGUUGAAGUGACCAGAGCAUCGAAUCCUGUGUAAUAGGGGAGAAUCACAGCGUCUAAGUAAAGGCUGGCGUGGAGAAUUCCAGAGAUAGUAGAGGCUUCGAAGAAGACAAAGCUUGCUUCUUUUUCGAUGUUGUUCUCGAAUAUCAGCACCGAAGUAAGUACCUAUUUGCUUUAUCAUCAGCACCAUCAUCAUCAUCUUCUUCUCCUCUUCUUCUUCUUCUUCUUGAUAUUACUUUCCUCAGUACGGCUAAUAGCGUUGUCAAGUAAGAAACCGUGAGGAAGAAGAAAACUAGAACGUCGGUGAUCUGAGGGUAAUCGCCGGCGUAGAGGCUGUCGCAGAAGUAGUGGAAAGGGCAGUUAAUAGGAUCAAGUGUGUCUUCAAAUUGCCACUUUCUGCAUUUGAAAAACGUUAGCUUUCGAUCCAAAUCCAUUUCCCAUUCUGAGUUCAUAAUUUGGGUUUCCCCUUUUUUGGUUUCCUUGUAAGCUACACAAGUUAUGUGUGUGUAUAUAUGUAUAUGUCAA